AUGACCAUGUCCUCCAAAAGAGUACCCUGUGACCCUUGUCGCCAACGACGCGUACGCUGUGACGGGUCUUCUCCCUGCACCUCCUGCCAGCGCUCCCAACUGGCCUGCAAACGCGAGUACAUUCGAAGACCGCGCAGUCCAAAACAUGGCAGUGGAAAGAAGAUAGCGGCUUUGAGGGCUGCUCAAUCACAAAUCGAAAUCAACCAAGACCAUACUACCGCUGCCCACCAAUCACCCGGGAAUGAUCUUCUAUCCCCGGAGAAUCUGCCUCAUCUGAUGGAGCGCUGUAUUGACGUCUACCUUCAUCGCAUGUACCCAAUAAUGCCACUGUUCAGGCCGUCUACGCUAUAUCAAAGGCUCAAUAGACCACAGGAGCCAAAUGAGAGAAGCAUGUUAUACGCUCUGUGUGCCCUGGUCACCGCGUUCAUGUGCGGGCGCAGUGAAUCCAUCAUUAGAUGUGGUGAAUGGGCCGCUUGUGCUCGUCGGAUCAUAGAGAAGUGUCUUUUAAUGCGGUCAGAAUACAGCUUUGUCAAAGACAACACUGUGCUGACACUGCUUGCAUCUUUCUUUGUCGCCAUCACAUACUUUGAGUUGCAUGACAUUCGAAAGAGUUGGUUUUAUCUCCGCGAGGCGAUCACAUUAGCACAUGCGCUGGGCCUGCACACGGAUGAGUACUAUCGUGGCAUGAAUCAUGUGGACGCUCUGUAUUGUCGCCGGAUUCAUAAUAUUCUCUUUGUCACAGAGAGAUCGUUGGCGAUAGCGAGGCACAAACCGGUCCUUCUAUCGCAACCGUUGCCUCUUCCUACUCCCGGACCUGACGAGGGACUUAAAGGUCUCGAAGAACAGCCGGAGAUUGACGCUGGAUUCCGGCAGUUUGUACGGGUUUACUCACAGAUUGAUAUCGACUUCCUCGAGUUCUGGAGCCAGAGGGGCUCGGAACAAGGUGGACCAAACCUGCUCCUGGACGACGGUGUCAUGUCUGAUGCUCAGAGAGCCGAUAUAUGCGUGACACAGCGCUGGCUCGAUCUUGUUCUAUGGAGAGCCGCUCUCCAGCAAGGCUGA